UGUGUGUGUGUGUGUGUAUCCCCCACCCCCGUCCACUCUGCAUGUAUCCCUCCGUGUUCCAGUUUCAGGAGAGCUUCACUCGAUCCAACUCGGAGCAGAGAGGAUCUGAGUUUUCCUUUUCCAGGAUCGACAGCAGGCCUCCUCCUUUACUAACUACUUCACCAGCGUCAGGAUCAGAGGAUGAGGACUGGAGUGGAGCUGUACGUUCUGGGCCUGCUGAGCCUCUGCAGCUCUGUGUUUACUCAGGAGGCGGUGGAGCCUCAUCGUGGCGUCCUGAUCUUCUGUGACGACCCCUCGGUGGAGAAGGCCGUCAGCAGUGCCCUGCAAACGAUUAACGAGGGGAUCACCACUGGGCACAAGAUGGCUCUCUUUCAGAUCUUGUCGGCCAGUAAGUCAGAGAACGGGUCAGACUCGGUGUAUUCCCUGGAGUUCACCAGCAGAAAGAGCGACUGUCCAGCAGACAGCAGCAAACCCUGGACAGAGUGUGACUACCACCCACAGGAAGAAGGGGCUCCAGUUCAAUGCAAUGCUACCGUCCACAUGACAGAGACAGAGGUUGACACUAGAAUGACGUUUUGCAUGUCUGAAAAGCUCCAUGAUAAAACAAGGGCUCCAUGUCUGGGCUGCCCAAUGGAAAUCAGCGACAAAUCAGAGGAUCUGAAGGCUCCUCUCUCUGCAGCCAUCUCCAGGUUCAACGCCGUGUCCAACUCCACCCAUCUGUUUGCCUUACACAGCGUCGGCUAUGCCACCAGACAGGUGGUUGCAGGUUUCAGGUUUAACCUGAAGUUUGACAUGAAGAGGACCACUUGCGCCAAGGCUGAACACAAAGACCUCAGUGAGCAGUGUGUCACUGAUGAGAAGAACUUGGAGUUUGCCAACUGUGACUCUGUUGUGGAUGUGGCACCAUGGAGACUGGAGCAGCCAUCGGUCUACUCAGAGUGUCAGUCAGGUCUUCUGGCAACGGUUCCAAGCAUCAUCAAGCGCCGUCCUCCUGGCUGGUCUCCACUUCGGAGCAGUGGAUAUCAACCUCGCACCACUGCUCCACCUACACAGUCAUCUCCAGCAGCACAGCCCACCUCCAAGGCUCCUCCAGCCAGAGAGGAGUCAUCCGAGGAGGACACAACAGCCUCCAAAUCGUCUGCUUCACCCAGUGUGAACAACAACCUCUUCCACUGCCCGACCAAGCCCUGGAAACCUUUCAAGUUGGCCAGUCUGGAUUUGCCUGCACCUCCGACUACAGCAACAGAUCCUUCAGUAGAAGGAGUCUUGAGUGAUACGGACCUGCUGCCCAGUAGUUAGUCCCAUUAAUAAUGUUCAGCAAUGUCUUCUCACACACAUUUAGAUGUCUUGCACGUUAAUCUAGAAGAUAUUUUCUUCUGAGAUGUUUUCCAAAGCAAUAAAUUGUUUUAAAAAGUAACUAAACUGAAGAAAAAUAAAAUUAAACAUUAGAGAAAAUAAUGUUUUUGGCUGCAGGAAGCACUGUGGCAAAGGACCGACAGGAUGACAUAAUUCGUAACUGCUUGUUCAUUUUCAAAAGACAUAGUUUUGAGGGAUAAAUACUGGAUUACAUUUUCUAGGUACUUUGUUAAACGUAUCAGAAAUAAAAUUGUGUAGUGUAAAUACCUUGAUUUAAAAAGAAGCUUUACUUUCUUCCAAUGAAACAAGAUGCAAAGUUUAUGAACUAAUUCAGAGAUUUUUUUUAAGUAAAAUCAAGCAAGAAACGUGUAAAAUGUGAUCAAGAAGAGGAAAAAAUAUCCAAGAGCCAAAUAAAAGCCACCUUUUCAGAGAACUCAACAA